AUGCAUUCAAAACAGCCAGUUGAGGAAGUGGAGAUGGAAUUUCUGCCAUGCUAGUUUUAGAAAAAUAUUGAUGAGUGCAAUAAAGAUAUAUACUUUGACCCAAUUAUAAAGCAAAUCAAAGUUGAUGACAUUGACAGUAUGAUAUUCGGUAAAAUGAAUCAGCAGAUGGGAUAUAUGAGCUAUGAUGGACAAGUAGAGAAAGUGGAACUAGAAACACUAGGCAAGUUUAGUAAAGUGACUGAAUGGAAGAAAGAUACUUGGAGUCAUGAUAGAGGAUAUAGGCAAUGCACCUACAAGGAGUAUCUCAGAGACUGUAAUGUUUACUAAGACUUCAAAGACUCUAAUUACAAAAAAUAAGCACUGGUUGAAUUUAAGAAGAUGGGAAAGGGUUAAAAGAGAAUUUUCAAUAAUUUGGGCAUCUGGCCAACUAUUUGUAUUCUGUCGUUUUUCAGUCAAGAGGAGAUCAUUGAGACUCUGCGUAGAAUAAACAAAGAGGCCUUAGUGCUUUGCAAAAGAGCCUAUGCUGCUAGAAGAGUCCAACUGCAUAAAAUUAACUUAAAAACUGUUAAGUUCUUUGAAAGAGCCGAGGAGAUAAAGAUCAACAGAGAGAGUCUGAAUUUCUUCAACCAGUUCAAGGACAACUUUUUCGAGGAGAUUCUGACCCACUAUAAGAACGUCAAAAGACUUACUAUCAAUUUGAACUUUCUGUUUGAAGAAGAUAAGAAGGACAAACUGUUUGAAAAGCUGUCUAGUUUUACUCUCAAAGACAAUAUAAAGACUUUCAAUUGCGAGGAUGCAAUGCUGGUUUAGAAGAAUCUCGAAUCAAUAACAAAGACAUCCAUGCUACAGAAUCUCACAUACCUCAAAUUACCAAAGAACAACCUAGGGAAUAAUGGAGUACUAUUUAUCUUUUCUCAGGAUAGAUUAAGGCACAUAAAGAAGAUCGACUUGUCUAGUAAUAACAUCACAUUUGAUGGAGCAGUCUUGAUUGCAAAUUCAGAGAAUUUCCCGUUAUUAGUAUCACUAGAUCUGAGAGUGAAUAAGAUAGGUGAUAAAGGAUUUAAAGCUAUAGUGCUCAGUCAGAAUUAUCAAUAUUUGAACACUCUCAAGCUAGACAGGAAUCAGAUUGAUGAAAAGGGUGUGCAGUAAAUGAGCCAUAUUUGUAACCUAUAAAAUCUUCAGGUCUUAAAAAUGCGGUCUAACCUUUGCGAGGCAAAAGGAGCCCACUUCAUAGCAACUUCAUAUGCGAUCAGAAACCUGACAGUAUUAGAUCUAAGUCAAAAUUUGAUAGGUGAUGAUGGCUUCAAACACAUAACAGAUGCUAGCUAUCUUUCGAACUUACACAAGCUCUAUGUUAACGAUAAUAAUUUGCAAGCAGUAUCAGCUUUAAACUUGGCAAACUCAAAGUUUAUCUCUAAGCUAAGACUACUCAGUAUAGGUAAAAACAAUAUGACCGAGAAAGGUGCUUACUACUUGGCUGAUGCUACCAAUCUAUAGUAACUUACUCAUUUGAUAAUAAAUGACAACGACAUCAAGGAGGAGGGUAUAAUUGCUUUGAGUGGCAGUGAAAUAUUCAAGAACCUGACUCAUCUCGAUAUAAGUCACAAUAAUUUGCUUGAAAAUGGAGCACAUAUUAUAUCAGUAUCUCAAGUCAUGACACAGCUGAGAUACCUUAAUAUUAUACAUAAUAAGGUCGGAGAGAAUGGAUGCAGAUGCAUAGCAGAAAGUGAUGCUUUCCCUAUGCUUACAGAUUUAGUUAUCUACUCAGGAAAUAGUAUUAAUGCAGAAGCAAAGAAGCUACUUCACAGAUCAAGAAAGCUCAGGUCUCUUAAUAACAUUUAAUGA